AUGCGAGCGCCGGUGCUGGGCAGUGCCCUGGUCGCCCUGACGCUGGCGGCAGCCGCAAGCGCGGAGCCCGGCGGGGCGGCCAUCUGCUGGGGCCUUGGCAACGCCGGGCAGCUGGGCGACGGGCGGAGCGGCGACACCGCCGGCGGCCACUUCUCUCCAGUGCCUGUCCAGGUGCUGGCACCCGCCGGCGGCGUAGCGCUUCAAUUCGACACGCUGUCUGCAGGCGGCAUGCACGUCUGCGGCCUGGCAGCCGGGCGGCCGUUUUGCUGGGGGAGUAAUGGGUAUGGCCAGCUGGGAGUUCCGAAAUAUUAUAGCGGGAUGAGCGCAGCCCCUGUGCCGGUGACGACCGAUGGCUUGGGCGGCGGCGCUGCGCCUGUGCCGCGCAUCGCUGCGGGCAGCUUUCACUCGUGCCUGCUGGACGCCGAGGGUGCUGCCUACUGCUUUGGUCACAACUAUGGAAGCAUGCUGGGCACCAGAAUCCCUGGCGAGGAUCAGAAUGAGGCCUCAGGCAGUUUUGAGGUUGCCACCCCCUCCAGAGUGCUGAGCAGCCCCUCGUUUGCGGACAUCAGCGGCGGACUGGUGGACUACACCUGCGCGCUCACCGAGGAGGGAGCAGCCUACUGCUGGGGCACGGGGGAGUAUGGACAGCUGGGGGAUGGGAGGAACGGCACCGGGCACGCGUCCUGGGAGCCUGUGGCGGUGCUGGGCGGGCACCGCUUUGUGGCGCUCGAUGCAGGCUCAACACACGGUGUUGUGUGUGCUGUGGACGAUGGCGGCCAGGUGUGGUGCUGGGGCACCGGAUCGACCGGCGAGCUGGGCGAUGGCCGCUGCAACUUUGAAGAUUUCUACGAGGAGCGGGCCGCCAGGUGCAGCGACAGCGCGCACCUGUCCAACACACCCACGGCGGUGGUGGGCAACCACCGCUGCCAGACUGUGACGGCGGGCUAUGCCAUGCACAAGACCGGGAGGCAAAAGUGA